AUGGUAGAAGUUCAAGAUAUAGAAAGUGGUAUUGAUAAAGAAAAUCAUAAUGUAGGUGACGAGAGUGUAGAAGAUCAAAAUAUAGAAAAUCAAGUUUUAGAAGAAGUUGAUGAAAGAAAAGUUAAAUGUGAAACAAAAUAUGAAUCUAAUUCAAAAGUAAAUUACACUGUCGCUUGGAAGGAAGAAUGUGCUGAAUGGAGUAUUAAUAGUACAAAAUCAGCUAUUAAUUCAUUUUUAAAGGUAUAG